UUCUGUGUCGAUUACAGGAAGUUUAAUGAAGCCACCUUUAAAGAUAAAUACCCUAUUCCUAUCAUAGAAGAACUCUUAGAUGAAUUAUUUGGUUCUAAGGUGUUCUCCAAAAUAGAUUUACGAGCGGGGUAUCAUCGGAUUCGGGUUUUUCCACCAGACAUCCACAAAACGGCAUUUAAAACACAUCAAGGGCAUUAUGAGUUCUUGGUUAUGCCAUUCGGCUUGACAAAUGCGCCUGCAUCCUUUCAAGCUUUGAUGAAUGAUGUCUUUCAUCCACACUUGAGGAAAUUCAUUUUAGUCUUCUUCGACGAUAUUUUGGUGUAUAGUACUGACAUGUCUACACACUUAAAGCAUCUCGAAAUCACUCUCCAGACUCUCCAACAACACCAACUGUUUGCCAAGCUCAGUAAGUGCACCUUUGGACAAAAUCAAGUGGAAUACCUUGGCCACAUUAUUACUGGUGAUGGAGUCACAGCUGAUCCAACAAAAAUUGCUUGUAUGAUCAACUGGCCAAGACCAACUACUUUAAAAGAACUUAGAGGCUUUCUGGGUCUCACUGGUUAUUAUAGAAAGUUUGUCAAAGGGUAUGGAAUUCUCAGUAAACCUCUGACAGAGUUAUUAAAGAAGGAUAACUUCCAGUGGACUGAUACAGCUCAAUCUGCAUUUGAGACUCUAAAGAACGUUGUCACCAGCACACCAGUCCUUGUACUCCCUGAUUUCAGCUUUCCAUUUGAGUUAUAAACUGAUGCAUGUGACAC